GAAGAAAAUUAGAGAUCCAAGAAAACCAACACUCUCAAUAUUCUACUUACCCUUUUUUUGUUUCAUUUUUUUUUUCACUAUGGGUUAUUUCAUCAAGCAAGUGGUGUGCAUUUUGUUCUUGGUGAUUUCAACUCCAUUUGUGCAAAUUGAAGCUAGAAAUAGCAAGUUUAUGAUCAUUCCUACAUCUCCUUCACCUGCUCCGACUCCAAUUUCUAAUGAAAUUAGUUUUCCCCCAUUUUCAUCCUUAAGUCCAAUUUCAUCACCAACACCAGCACCAGCAUCAGCACCAACACCUUUCUUUAAUGAUUUUACAUUUCCUCCGUUGUCGUCCUUAAGUCCAACACCAUCACCUAAAGGGGGUGAUCAAGAUCCUGGCAUGCCAACACCAGCAGGAGCACCAGAGAAAGGUGACAUUGAAGCACCAACACCCCUAUUGAGUGACACUCCUUAUGGACUUUAUGGUCCUCAUUCUCAAGAAGUUCCUUCUACUACUGUCACAAAUCUUGAUGAUGUAGAAACUCAAACUCCUGCAAAGGAACUUCAAGGUGCCCGUUUUAAUACGGACGAGUCCCACAACAACAACAACAACAAUGGCUACUCCGACAAUUACAAUUACGAUAGCCACUCUGAGAAUUACUACAACAACAACAACAACGGCUACUCCAAGAAUUACAACAACAACAACGGCUACUCCAAGAAUUACAACAACAACGGCUACUCCAAGAAUUACAACAACAACAACAACGGCUACUCCGAGAAUUACAACAACAACAACAACGGCUACUCCGAGAAUUACAACAAAAACAACAAUGAUUUCUCCGAGAAUUACAACAACAACAACAAUGAUUUCUCCGAGAAUUACAACAACAACAACAACAACAAAAACAAUGAUGUUUUCUCUGAGAAAUACAACAACAACAACAAGGAUUUCUCCGAGAAUUACAACAGCAACAACAAUGGUUUCUCUGAGAAUUACAACAACAACAACAAUCUUUUCUCCGAUAAUUCCAACAACAACAAUCUUUUCUCCGAUAAUUCCAACAACAACGGCUUUUCCCAGAAUUACAACACUAACUACAACAAUAACAAUAAUGUUUUCUCCGAGAAUUACAACGAUAACAAUAAUGUUUUCUCCGAGAAUUACAACAGUAACGGUUUCUCCAAGAGUUAUUACAACAACAACAACAACAAUGGAUACUCUGAGAAUAUGUCAGAGAGGCAAGGAUUAAGCGACACAAGAUUCUUGGACAAUGGAAAGUACUACCAUGACAUCAAGAAUGAGAAUCCCAACAACAACAACUACGAUCAUGCUAGCAGCUACAAUAACAAUGCCAAUAUGGUGGAAAGGCAAGGAUUGAGUGACACGAGAUUUUUGGACAAUGGCAACUACUUUUACGGUAAAAAUGGUGAGAAAAUGACCAUGGAAGAGUUUAAAAGACAGCAGGACUAUCCAGGCACUGAGAAUCAGUAUGAACUUCCUUGAAGAGAAAACAUUUAUCAAUUGGAAGGACAAAAGCAGGGGACAUGAAAAUAGAUUUUACAGAGUUUGAUUCAAUUUUAAGUUAUUGUGAGGGGGACAUGAAAAUAGAUUUUACAGAGUUUGAUUCAAUUUUAAGUUAUUAUGAGUGAAUGUUUGUGUAUUAGUUCUACUUGUGUCUGCAAACACUUUUUUUUAUGCAGUUCUGCAAAUCAGACCAAGGGAACUUUGUGUUGUUUAACA